UUUUACUUCUUUAGUUUCUUAAUACUUUAGAAAGGGGGAUGACAUCUCAAAUGAAUCACGACCAAGGUGCUCCUGUCAAUGCCCCAGAUCAAUGCGAAAAUAACCUUGACUCUAUAUCUAUACCUGUAAGCCAAUCAAACACUGUUCACGAAGUAGACGAUGGCUACAAAUCACAUUGGUUUAAAUACAUUUUUGGAGAUAUAUAUGCAAGUGAUGAUCCCAAUAAUUACUCGGAAAAAAGAAAAAAUGUCAUCAUUCUCCUCGUUGCUCUUGGUGGUCUAUGUGGACCGCUGAGUUCAAUGAUGUAUAUGCCUGCUUUAUUAACCGUCGCUGAAGAUUUACAAACGACAGUAUCUGCAGUCAAUGGUACUGUCUCUGCUUUUGUAGUCUUUAUGGGAAUCUCUCCGUUAUUUUGGGCAGCCUUGAGCGACCAAUAUGGAAGGAAAAGAAUGUACAUAAUCAGUGGUGUUAUCAAUGUUGUUAGUUGUAUCAUUUGCGCAAUAUGUAAAAACAUUGCCAUGCUGAUUGUGUUCCGCGGCUUGCAAUCUUUUGGUGCAAAUGCUGGACUAACCUUGGGUGCCGGAGUUAUUGCAGAUACCAUUGCUGUGGAAUCAAGAGGAUCAGCGUAUGGAAUAUUCUAUACAGGACCACUUGUUGGCCCUGUUAUAGGCCCUACCAUAGGAGGUUUCCUUUGUCAAUAUUUGGGCUGGAGGUCAACCUUUUAUUUUACUGCAAUUCUAGCAGGUGUUUUAUUGCUACUUACGACUGCAUUUUUACCAGAGACACUAAGGAAGCAAAGGCCCGAUAUAUUAACAGAUCAAGAACUCAUUGAAGAAUUUAAAGUUCAAAAUGACCGAGGAAAGCAAGGCAUUAUAGAAAAACAUGCUAAACCAACUUUUUUUGCGACACUAGCAAUUAGCUUCAAACCUAUGCUAAUCAUGCUUUAUGAUCCAACAGUCAAUCUCUUAACAGCUUAUAAUACCGUUAUUUUUGCAUCAUUAUAUUUCUUGAAUCCAACCAUCACAGACACCUUCAAGACUAUCUAUGGGUAUAGCGAAUGGAAAGUUGGACUUUGUUAUCUCUCUCUUGGGGGAGGCUUCAUGAUCGGAUCUGUCCUUAGUGGCAGACAUUCUGAUUAUGUCCUUGCAAAGCUAUCAAAAAAAUCGGGAGGACGCAAGGUCGUAUCUGAGAUGCGACUGCAGGCUGCCAUUCCCUCUUUUAUAUUCAUUCCUAUAGGGUACUUGAUCUAUGGCUGGACAACUGAAAAGAAAAUAGGUGUUUAUGCACCUCUUAUAGGAUUAUUUGUCUAUGCUUUAGGGCAAAUGUGGGCUUUCACUCCAACGUCAGUAUAUCUUGUAGAUUCUAAACCAGGAUAUUCUGCAACGGCCGUUGGUGUUAAUAGUUUUGUUCGUUGCAUAGGUGCAGCUAUUACUUCUAUAUUCUCAUCUUCAGUUGUACAUGCUCUUGGCACGGGUGUUCUAUUUAGUAUUCUAGCAGCUAUCAAUCUAUUGAACGCAGGAUUUGUACUAACUUGCUACUUUUUUGGAACAAAAUGGAGAAUUCACUUUGAAGAAAAACAUAUGCCAGAGUUAUUGGAAGAAUCGAUAAAAGAUAAGAAAAGCAAUGAGGACAGCAGAGAUAGUGACAAAAGACCACUGGAGAAUAAGGAGAUGGAUAGUCAAGAAACACAAGCUCAGAGAGAUACUAUAGAACGAAUAGAGACAAACCGUAGUGUUUGUUAUAGCAUUGCGUAAUGUAGUUUGUCGUAAGUGUCCUUUGUUUAGCCCUUUUACACUACUGAUAUUAUAAUAAUAAUAAAAGAUUUAAUCCUUUUAUAUGAACAUAUGAUGUUCCUUGUUCUUGUAUUUCGCAAACAGCCAUUAACAAAUGUU